AUGGAUAGACUGGAAAUUAACAAAAAGAAAUUCUGUCGCCUGUGUUUGUCGGAAACUGUUAUAUCGCAUUCAUUACUUAAUGACGAUAAUACAGUAUUUUUAGAAGCUCUGACAGCAAUAAAGAUCGACGAAGACGAGCCAUUUCCAACAAUUGCAUGUGUCAAAUGCUGUUUCAAUUUAAAAUUUGCUUUCCAAAUUCAGCAAAACAUUCUAGAAGCUGACAGAAAGUUACAUAUGUUAGAGGAAAUUAAUAUGGAUGAACUGGACAUAAAAACUAGAAUAGUUGAUAAUGCAGUAGAAGUAGAAGAAAAAAUUCAGUCAGUGGAGGAAUGUAUCCUGGAUCACGAUUAUGAAGGACGCUCUAGUACUGAACCAUCCACUCCUUUGAGCAGAAAUUCUCCAAAAUCAACUGUAUCUGAACUUGAAACAGAAGAUUUGAAGAUUGCUGUCCAAUAUGAAACAGUAAAAACUGAACUCAAAUCUGACGAAGAUAAUUCAGUAGAGAAUGUAUUUGUAACAGAGACUGAGACUGAAGAACCGGUUCUUUUUUCUAAUUUCUUAGCAGAAGCCAACACUGAUGACAGUGAAAAAGUUCCUUGCAAGAUCUGUGGUCAAGAGUUUCUAGAUAAGGAUAUGCUGGACCAUGUGCAAUUCCAUUAUUUUUCUACCAUUAAGUGUGAUGAAUGUAACAUGAAUUGUGCCAAUAUACAUACAUAUAGGGAGCAUUUAGCACAGGCACAUAUAGAUUAUCCAGCUAAUAAGAGUUGGACAUGCAAAAUUUGCAAUGGAUCGUUCUUUUAUAAGCCUUUGUAUAUUAUACAUUUUAAGAGUGCCCACCAUGCCAAAGUUGACAAAGAAGAAAAACCCGGCAUAUAUCACUGUUAUCACUGUAAGAAGACGUUUUCCAAUGAAAGCAGGCGUACCGCCCAUACAGCCACCCACAAUAAAAAGCAAUGUGACAUUUGUGGCGUUUACAUUACUCCUUCAAAUUUUCCUGCCCAUCGGAAGAGCCAUUUGGAAAACGAAGUGGAAUGUCCAAUAUGUUUA